ACGCUGAUUCUUCAUAUAUACCCCUGAGGAAGACGCUUUCUGAUACACAACACUCACCACAUUCUCCCUCUCACGCUUUCUCUCUUCUCACAGUACAAGAAACGAACAAAAAAGAGAAACUCUUUAGAGAUCAAAAGAUGAACAUCGCUCACACCAUCUUCGGCGUUUUCGGAAAUGCCACUGCUCUGUUUCUGUUCUUGGCUCCUUCGAUAACAUUCAAGAGAAUCAUCAAGAACAAAUCAACCGAACAGUUCUCUGGCAUCCCUUACCCUAUGACUCUCCUCAACUGUCUCCUCUCCGCCUGGUACGGACUUCCCUUUGUGUCAAAGGACAACACGCUUGUGAGCACAAUCAACGGAACAGGAGCCUUGAUAGAAACAGUCUACGUGUUGAUCUUCCUUUUCUACGCGCCAAAGAAGGAGAAAGCUAAGAUCUUUGGCGUCUUCACUGCCGUCUUGGCCGUAUUCGCCACGGUGGCUCUCGUCUCUCUCUUUGCCCUCCAUGGUAACGCUAGAAAACUCUUCUGUGGUAUUGCAGCUACCGUUUUCUCCAUCAUCAUGUACGCUUCUCCACUCUCAAUCAUGAGGUUGGUGAUAAAGACGAAGAGUGUAGAGUACAUGCCGUUCUUUUUGUCACUCUUUGUCUUCCUCUGUGGUACUUCUUGGUUCAUCUAUGGUCUUAUCGGUCGUGACCCUUUUGUUGCAAUACCAAAUGGGUUUGGAUGUGCUUUAGGGACACUUCAACUGAUUCUCUACGUCAUCUACUGCGGAAACAAAGGCGAGAAGUCUGCUGAAAAGGAUGACAAGUCACUGGAGAUGAAAGGUGAGGAGAAGAAGCAAAAUGUGGUUAAUGGAAAGCAGCAAGAGCAGCAAGUUUAGUUCUUUCAAUGAUUUGUUCUCUCUAUUUGUUCUUCUUGCUUUUAGAGUUUUAGUUUGGAUGUAACAAGAUUUAAAAAUAACUAUGCUGAACAAAAUGUCAGAUUCCUAAUGUCUUCCUACUAAUAAGUGUGAUUGAAGUAUGACUA